AUGGCGCAAGUUCCCGUCCAAAAGGAUGAGAAAGAAAAGAGGAAUGAUGAGCUGUCGACAGCCAUCCUCAAGGAUAAGUCCAGACCUAAUCGUUUGAUUAUCGAUCAGUCUGAUAAUGAUGACAACUCGAUGGUGAUGCUUUCUCAAGCAAAGAUGGAUGAGUUGGGUCUUUUCCGUGGAGAUUCAGUUAUUCUGAAAGGAAAGAAGAGAAGAGAGACGGUUUCUAUCGUACUGAAUGCUGAUAACUGCCCGAACGAUAAGAUCAAGAUGAACAAGGUUGUACGAAACAACCUCAGAAGUCGUCUCGGAGACGUUGUGAGUAUCUCCAGUGCCCAGCUGGAAUACGGAAAGAGAAUUCAUGUUCUCCCAAUUGAUGACACCAUCGAGGGAUUGACUGGAAACCUGUUCGAUGUAUUCCUUCGUCCAUACUUCACUGACGCUUACCGUCCAGUUCACAAAGGAGACAUAUUCACUGUGCAAGCUGCCAUGAGAACUGUUGAGUUCAAGGUUGUCGAGACUGAGCCAGCACCAGCUUGCAUUGUAGCUCCAGACACUGUCAUCCACUACGAAGGAGAUCCGAUCAAAAGAGAAGAAGAGGAAGAGGCUCUUAACGAGGUCGGAUACGAUGACCUUGGAGGAGUUCGCAAGCAGCUCGCUCAGAUUAAGGAAAUGGUUGAGCUCCCACUUCGCCAUCCACAACUUUUCAAGGCUAUUGGAGUGAAGCCACCACGUGGAAUUCUUCUCUUCGGACCACCAGGAACCGGAAAGACUUUGAUCGCAAGAGCUGUUGCUAACGAGACCGGAGCAUUCUUCUUCCUCAUCAAUGGACCAGAAAUCAUGUCCAAAAUGUCAGGAGAAUCUGAGUCUAACUUGAGAAAGGCAUUCGCUGAAUGCGAGAAGAAUUCUCCGGCUAUCCUCUUCAUUGAUGAAAUAGACGCAAUUGCUCCAAAAAGAGAAAAGGCUCACGGAGAAGUUGAGAAGCGUAUUGUCUCCCAGCUCCUCACUCUUAUGGAUGGACUUAAAACUCGUGCUCAUGUCGUCGUCAUCGCUGCUACUAACCGUCCAAACUCGAUUGACGGAGCUCUUCGUCGUUUCGGACGUUUCGACCGUGAAAUCGACAUUGGAAUCCCAGAUGCUGUUGGACGUCUCGAAAUUCUGAGAAUUCACACCAAGAACAUGAAGUUGGCUGAGGAUGUUGAUUUGGAGCAAGUCGCAAAUGAGUGCCACGGUUUCGUCGGAGCUGAUUUGGCUUCACUUUGCUCUGAAGCUGCUCUUCAACAAAUUCGUGAGAAGAUGGAGCUUAUUGAUUUGGAGGACGACUCGAUUGACGCAGAGGUCUUGAACUCAUUGGCUGUUACCAUGGAAAAUUUCAGAUUCGCCAUGGGCAAAUCUUCCCCAUCUGCUCUUCGCGAGGCGGUCGUAGAGACACCGAACACCACAUGGUCCGAUAUCGGAGGACUCCAAAACGUCAAGCGCGAGCUUCAAGAGCUUGUCCAAUACCCAGUCGAGCAUCCAGAAAAGUACCUCAAGUUCGGUAUGCAACCAUCUCGUGGAGUUCUGUUCUACGGACCACCAGGAUGCGGUAAAACUCUCCUCGCCAAGGCUAUCGCCAACGAAUGCCAAGCUAACUUCAUCUCUAUCAAGGGACCAGAGCUUCUUACCAUGUGGUUCGGAGAGUCUGAAGCCAACGUUCGUGAUGUUUUCGAUAAGGCUCGUGCUGCUGCACCAUGUGUUCUCUUCUUCGAUGAACUUGAUUCAAUUGCCAAGGCUAGAGGAGGAAGUGUUGGAGAUGCUGGAGGUGCUGCUGAUCGUGUUAUUAACCAAGUCCUUACUGAAAUGGACGGAAUGAACGCCAAGAAGAAUGUGUUCAUUAUUGGAGCCACUAAUCGUCCAGAUAUCAUUGAUCCAGCUGUUCUUCGUCCAGGACGUCUCGAUCAACUCAUCUACAUUCCACUUCCUGAUGAGGCUUCUAGACUUCAAAUCUUCAAAGCCAGUCUUCGCAAGACCCCACUCGCUGCUGAUCUCGACUUGAACUUCCUUGCCAAGAACACCGUUGGAUUCUCAGGAGCUGAUUUGACCGAAAUUUGCCAACGUGCAUGCAAACUUGCCAUCCGUGAGUCGAUCGAGCGUGAGAUUCGUCAGGAGAAGGAGCGUCAAGACCGAAGAGCUCGUGGAGAAGAGCUUAUGGAGGACGAGACUGCUGAUCCAGUGCCAGAAAUAACCAGAGCUCACUUCGAGGAGGCGAUGAAGUUCGCUAGACGAUCAGUCACCGACAACGAUAUCAGAAAAUAUGAAAUGUUCGCCCAGACUCUUCAACAGUCCCGUGGAUUCGGAAACAACUUCAAGUUCCCAGGAGAGGCUCCAGCUGGACAACCAGUGGGAGGAAACGGUGGUGGUGCUGGUGCCGGUGGAAACGAUGAUGAUGAUCUUUACAACUAG